AAGUACUAACAUGAUCUCCAAUUUGUAGAGGAAAUGGCUUUAGAAAAGUUUAGCUAAUAAUCAGAGAACCAGGAUUCCAAUACAAGUUUACCCAACUCCAUACCACAAGCUUCUAAACACUAGCUAUUCUGUGUCCUCUGCUGGACUCCUUAGGCCAAGAACCAUCUCAAUACUUUCCCUCUAUUCCUAGUACAUACUCUAGCAUUGAGCAGCUCCUAGCAACACUACACCUGCUGAGUGGUAUUUAAAUUCAAUUGGAUAUAUUUAAAAGAGCCAUGUAGCCGUUUCAUUUUUAAAUGUCAAUGUAUACAAUAAGCCCGGAAAUUGCCAUUUUAAGCACUGGUGGUCUCCGACUGUGUGACGCUCCGUGUGGCCACGCUGUAGGGAUCCCAAGACAGGUCUGGAUCACCUGCGUCGGGUGCAUCCUGUCCCUGCGCUGUGCAGACUUGGGCAGGUCCCUUAAGCUUUUUGCGUGUUCGCGGGUUGUAAGUGGGAUCCACAGCCCAGUGUUCAUCAUAGCGUGCCUUAAUUCUCCUUUCCCUUCCUCUCCUUGUGGGUCGUUUAUGAUCAACACUGCGCGACUGGACUGAUGAGAAUACUGCGGUCAUACUCCGGUUGAGCGAUGUGUCUGCCUGGUAAAUAUAUUCAGGUUGCCGAAGGCUGGGAUGGAAGGGCGGAGGAUGCUGGCCAGGGAGGCAGGAGUGUGCGCUAAAAGAUAACACUUGUAACAGCCAUCCUCUUCUCUGCCAAUCGGAGCUGGAAUGGCUGCUGUGUUCCUUCCACGGGUUCCUAAAGAGCCAAAGAGGCUCUUUGAAGUAAACAACAAAAAAAGGCCUGCCAAGGGUCAGGGAUCUGGCCCACAAGGGAGCAGCCCAAAUAACCAGGAGUUAUUCCGCCAGCGCUUCCGACAAUUCUGCUACAAGGAGACUCCUGGGCCCCGUGAGGCCUUGAGCCAGCUCUGGGUGUUCUGCUGUGAGUGGUUAAGGCCUGAGAUACACACCAAGGAGCAGAUGUUGGACUUGCUGGUGCUGGAGCAGUUCCUGACCAUCCUGCCUGAGGAGCUGCAGGCCUGGGUGCAGGAGCAUCAUCCAGAGAGUGGGGAGGAGGCAGUGGCUGUGCUGGAAGAUCUGGAGAGGGAGCUGGAUGAACCAGGCCAGCAGGUUUCAACCCAGGCCUGUGCACAGGAAGUGCUUUCUGAGACAUUGGUGCCUCUGGAUCCAGCUAAGGAAACAACGUAUCUCCAGCCUCAACCCAUGGAAAUCCAGUGUAAUGGUAAAUCUCAGGACCCUCAACACCAAGAGGAUUGUGAUGAUGUGAUCAGGCAGGAACUUACUGUAUAUAUGGAAUCCCAAGAAAAGUUAUCUGGCCAAAUCAAUGGAGAGGUUCCUAAAUGUAGAAAAACCCAAAAACGUGCAAGAUAUCAGAGAAACACAAGUGAGAGAAGAUAUAAGUGUGAUGAAUGUGGGAAAAGAUUCACUCAAAAAUCAAACCUCCUAAGACAUAAAAGAAUCCACACUGGAGAGAGACCCUGUUCAUGUAAAGUAUGUGGCAAAACUUUCAGUCGGAGCUCACAACUUAUUGACCAUCAGAAAAUACAUAACCGAUUAAAACCAUAUCAGUGUGAUGAGUGUGAUAAAGCCUUUUAUUACAGUUCACACCUUGUUCAGCAUCAAAGGAUCCACACCGGAGAAAAACCUUUCCAAUGUAAUGAGUGUGGGAAAGCUUUUUAUUACAGCUCAGGCCUCGUUCGACACCUGAGGACCCACACAGGAGAGAAACCAUACCAGUGUAAUGACUGUGGAAAAGCUUUCUGUCUGAGAUCACAUCUGAUACAACAUCAGAGAGUCCAUACUGGAGAGAAGCCAUACCAGUGUAGUGAGUGUGGGAAAAGCUUCAGCCAGAGCUCAGGCCUUUUGCAUCACCAAAGAAUCCACAGUGGGAAGAAACCGUAUAAAUGUGAUGAGUGUGGAAAGGCCUUCAGUCAUAGUUCAGCUCUUGUUGGACACCAGCAAAUCCACACUGGAGAGAGGCCCUAUAAGUGUGAUGAGUGUGGAAAAGCUUUCAGUUACAGCUCACAGCUUCUGGGACACCGAAGAAUCCACACUGGAGAGAAGCCCUACGAACGCAAUGUAUGUGGAAAAGCUUUCCAGCGGAGCUCACACCUCAGUGUACAUCAGCGAAUCCACACUGGAGAGAAGCCCUGGUGACAUCACGAGUGGUGCAGAAUUUUUUAUCUAUGCUCAUUCCUGUGGAACAUCAAAAAAGCACAACCAGAAAAGGAUGCUACCAUUACAGUGAUGUAG